AUGAAGAACAUAGAGACCCUAAACCGUGUUGGUUUAGUCAGCCUUGGUCUGUCUGCACUCGCUAUAACGUCUCUGACAAUAGGUGUGCCAUACCUUCUUUGGACAAUGAGCACUGUCGACACACUUAUCAAUGAACAAUUCUUGGAGACUACGCGAAUGGUCGAAGGAAUAUGGCGCGAUAUUAUGCUGAUGGAAGAUGAUCGGGACAUGGCGUGGUGGCGUUUCACCAGAAGCGCAGUGCAGGAACAGCUGCCUAUGACGCAGAAGUCCACGACUGCUGCACAAGCGCCUGGAUAUGAUUCUAAGCACCCCGAAUAUGAUGCAGGUGCUGAAGCUACAGCAACAAUUUCCGUUUACUCAAAAGAUGAGACUUUUACUCCUCUGUACGCUGAGCCAACUACCAACAACGAUUAUUUUUCGUCUCACGCUCGCUACCAAACGCCGCUAACAGAGGAGUACCAAGUUGCAACGACGUCCAACUAUGAGAAGCUAAUCCCAGCCGUCCUGCACAACCCACUACAAUUCCUUAUUACUCCUCUUACACCCGGCCAGUUGUUCCACAGCUGUUGUUCUCUUCCUUCUUACGAUCAGAAGCAGGAAUUACCGCAGUCAUACAAGUGUCCAGCUGGGAACAAAGGACCACCGGGACCAAAAGGACAGCCAGGUGAUCCUGGAACGCCCGGUAGUCCCGGGUAUGAUGGCGAACCAGCGUUCUUCGUUACUUCCGCAUAUUCUGUCGAGAGAUCAUUAGGACGCCUACCUUGCCCAUCUUGUCCUCCAGGACCCCCUGGACCUCCUGGACCCAAAGGUCCGUCAGGGUAUCCAGGUUACAAAGGUUUGCGAGGGAUAGCAGGAACUCCCGGAAUGCCUGGCAGACCAGGACCUGUCGGAUCUAUUGGCGAUAUAGGAAAGAGAGGGCGACCGGGUAUGAUAGGAUACAAGGGAUCUAGAGGGGCUGACGGUACUCAAGGAAGCAAAGGCAAACCAGGUGCUCCAGGCCCACCAGGAGCAAUUGGAAUUCCUGGUCCUAGGGGAAUUGGCGGGACACCUGGAGAUUAUGGACCUCCAGGAAGACCAGGUCCUCUGGGACCGCUGGGUGAAACAGGACUACACGGAUUGGAUGGUUUGGAUGGAGUGGCUGGACGAGAGGGACAGCAUGGAAAGGAUGCACUGUAUUGUUCCUGUCCAAGCAAAAACUCAUUUGUGAACAUUACAUUUGCAUCAACAUCAACAGAAUAUAUUGGUCCUGUCGCAAAAGGAGAGUACCGCAACUCUGCCAAAGAGAACAGCGACUUUGAUGAAAUACAAAAGUCUCCAUUGGAGUCAGAAAUUGUUUCAUAUGGAGGCGGCUCUCCUGGCAGAAACCCAUAUCGGGACGAAUCGUUGUACCACAAUUUCGAGUACGAGAGGAGAUCAUCUAAGACUAAGUAG